UUUAUCUCGAGGGCCCUUAUUGUUUGUGAUUUAUAAAAACAGCGUGAUAUUUAUAUACACGUCAGUCGACUUACUCUUUAGUAAAGUAUUUGAAGUGCAUCAAAGUUAUUUGAAAACAUAAAACAUGUCUGUCCCUACAGUAACCAUCAACGAGCUCUCUCAGGGCAUCCAAGACUACUCUUCCAAUGACAGCGUAAAAACUGUAUUGGAAGGGAUUCUUAACGACUAUAUGGACCUUCAAUACGCCAAAGAAACUCCUUACACAACAGGAAAAGAGGUUUUACCUUCUGGAUCUACCAUCAAAGACGUUGAAAACAGUAUAGAUAGUGACGCGGAGCAGAAAUUCAAAGAUAUCUUCGUAAAAAUAUCGGAGACGUACAAAAGCGGAAAUUUAACGCCUCAGUCGGAAAACGAUGGUACUUGGGACCCCAAAUACAAGCCCGUUUUAGUUUUUGUAACCCCUAACAAGUAA